AUAUGGUAGGACUUGAUUACUAGUACUUGAAGUUCUUUCCAUAGUUAAAUACUUCACAUUGUCAAAUGCAAAUGGAAAGCAACUAGGAGUGGGCAAAUACCCAUCCACCUCCCCGAAUACAUCGAUUUUGAAGGGUUUUUAUGUGGGUACGGGUUGGAUUUUGUCCAACCCGUGCAAGGCGGGGCGGGUUGCAGGUUGGGGUUUAAAAAAACCCUAGGGACCUGCCCCACUAACCCUUAUCUAAAGACCAAAAAACCCUACCCCUUCAUCAUUUCUUAGCCGCAUACCUUUUCUUAACCUAAAAAAAUCGUUGCGUCGCCUGCAGCCAGCCCCUUCGUCUUCUUCCUUUUCUCCUUUACCCCCUCACCCCCUUCCGCCCUUUGUCUUCUUCCUUCAUCUGAUUCUGAUUUCUAAGGAAGAUUGGAAGAGCCCCAUUUCUUUUUCCUCAUUCUUCUUUUUCCCAUCUCUCUAUUGGCUCUUUGUGGUUCUCACUUGCUCCUGCACUUCUCAUUUUUCUUCUUCUUGUUCUUCUAAGGUUUGCAUCAUGGUGACCAUGGCGACCAUGGUUCUUAUGGUACUUCCUACACUGGAGAGAUUGAAAAAGGUUGGUGAUAGGGCUCUAGAUUCAGCUUCCAGACUUCAAAUCUCACCUCCUAACCACUUCAUCUGCCCAAUUCUUAAGAAUCAUUCAUAAUUUCGGAAGAAAUGGAUGAACACAGGGCACUUUUCAAAGAAGUGUUCGGCGAAUCAUCGGACAGCGAAGACUACGAACAACAACACCAGCCUCAAUUGGAAGAUCGAUCUCAGCGAACAACAUCCGGUCAAAACCCCUACUGGGAGCAAAUCAAGGAGAUCAACGGGCUAUGGAUGUGCAGGGACUUCCUCUCAGCUCAAGAACAGUCUUCCCUGCUCUCCGCAAUCGAGAACGAAGGGUGGUUCACUGAAGCCUCUCACAACCAGGCUAUGAGGUUUGGAGAUCUUCCGCCAUGGGCAAUUGAAAUUUCAAAUUCUAUUCGUGAGCUGGUGCUUUUAAGUGAUCCUGCUUUGGAUCCUUUACACUUGGGAACGUAUUGUGGGUCUAGAGAAGCACGUCCGCUUCCAUCACAUUUGUUGUGGAGAGAACCACUCUUUGACCAACUUAUUGCAAAUGCAUACCAACCAGGUGAGGGGAUCUGUGCGCACGUUGACCUUUUGCGGUUUGAAGAUGGAAUUGCCAUCGUCUCCUUGGAGUCAUCUUGUGUGAUGCAUUUCACCCAAGUUAAAGAAGCAUAUUGUGACAUAGCAGAUGAGGGAAGAACAGAUCCACCCAUGACAAAGAUUCCUGUUUAUCUGACCCCUGGAUCUCUGAUUCUUAUGUCAGAAGAAGCUCGCUACUGUUGGAAGCAUGAAAUAAAUCGCAAGCCAGGGUUUCAAAUAUGGGAAGGUCAGGAACUAAAUCAGAGGAGGAGAAUCUCGGUAACACUGAGGAAGCUCUGCAAGGUUGAGUAGAAUGUUAAUUAAUCAUCACAUUUAGAGCUGCAAUAUGCAUUGUUCUGAUGUUGUUAGGCAUGGGCCAAUCAAGGAGAGUGCGGACCUUUUUGGGUUCAACUGCCACUUCUUAAUUUCAAAUACGGAGCUUUACAUGUUAUUUGAAUAAUUUAUGAAUAAUUUCAAAUACAAUCGUAUCCCUUAAAUUAAGGUUAACAAA